UGAUAACAUAACCACCGACUUUAAACAAUUUAAUGGAAGAAAAAACCAUAAUCAUUAACGUUUAUCAAUAUUUCAAUAAGUUCGUUAGAUAGUGUUUCAUAAAAAAAAAAAGUGACACUAAUAGUAAUAACCCGAAUACUUAAUUCGAUUUUAUACUCAGAAAACUCACUAACAACACAAUGUGUUCUUUAAGAGACUUUCCUGAAUUACGAGACUACAGUUUAACAGAUAAAAAUGCAUCGAUGAAUUUAGUCAUUAGAAGAAUUAAACCCGAGGUUAGUAUUAUAGAUACAUUUUCUGUUGUUUGAGUCAUUAACUGAAAAUUCUGAUUUGACAAUUUGAUGAUAGUCCAUGCAGAUUUUUUUUAAAUCCUAAUAUUAGAAGAACAUUGCACUUGUUUUAAGUCUCACUAAUGUAUCUGUUAUUAAAUAAAUAUGUUUAAAAUAAAUUUAAAAAAUUGAUCUUGUUUUAAUAUUAGUAAAUUGAUUCAUAGAUAAUUGGCUAUCCCAAUAUUGUGGUACAGUUACAUGGCAAUCAAAAUCAGCUACCCUUGUUUUUACCGUCUGCGGAACCAACGGCAUUGCAAAAAAUUAUUGCUAACUUGUAAGUAAAUUGUCUAAGUACAUACAAUUAUUAAUAUCUGCCUAAUAAUGGUAGAACCUAUCUUUAACAAUUUUUUUUUCUAGUGUUGAAGAAGACUUCUGGAUAGCUUGUGAUGAAGUAAUAAAAUAUUUAAAUAGAACUUCAAGAUGUAUGUCAAUUUGUUCGUAUCCAUUAAGAUUAAUGAUGACAUUUUCUUCUCAUGCAAAUUUAAAAGUAAAAAUAUAUUUUAUGUAUAUCAUAUAUUAAAAUAUUUUUCUCAAGAUACUUUAUAACUGACUUGUAAAUGUUAAGCUAUUGAGUUAAUAAGCUAUGAAAUUAUUAUUGUAUUGUUAUGUAUUGUCUUUUAUUGUAGGGUUCAGAAAAAACUGUGUUAUCAAAUUUAAGUAGAACAAAGUUAUGGUUAUCAAGCGUAAUUCGCUGUAUGGCAUGGCAUUCUCAAACAAUUAAACUGGCUAUUGCAUCAUCCCAUGAUAUUGUUUUUGUGUAUAACCAAAAAGGUUCUGAAGCAAGAAUUAAAAAUAAAUCUCAAUCUGACAUAUUAUCGUUAGCAUGGAGGUAUUAUUUUUACUUUUUCAAUCACAAUUGUAUAAUUUAUAAUGUUUCGGCUAGAAUGCACUUUACUACGCCUUUCACAAAUGCCAAAUUAUUUUUUUAUUAAAUUAUGUGUUUUUCAAGAGUUUAGGGAAAAACAAAUAAAAAAAAGCAAGUUUUAUAAAGCAAUAUAUUAUAUAGUACACAAUAUUUUAAAUCUUUUUAGAAAAAUUAUUAUUAUUAGAGCAAGUUAUCGAAAUCUGCAAUCGUAGUUGAAUAUAAAAAAAAAUACUAUUGUAGUGUAAGUACUUUAUUAUUUUCUUUUUAUAUUAAAAUUUUUUUUUUUUAAUUUGAUACAAAUAUUUUAUUAUUGUAUCUAUGCAUGUAAUAUACUAUUAUUUCAUAUGACUUAUUAUAAUAUUUAGUAUAUACCAAUAUAAUAAUAUAAUAUACCUAUUGAUUUUUAAAAAUAAAUAGUUAUAAAUUAUAAAUCAUACUCAUAUAAAUCCAAAUUUCUUUUUCCCACUAUAUGCUACAGCCAUAUGUUUAUUUUAAGUUGAUUUUUUUAUAUUUUGUACUUACACUAUAAUAUUAGUCAUUUUUGUUACUUUGAAUAUAGUCAAUGGUAUUGAAAUAUAGUAUAGGUAUCUAUUAUAUGGUACUACAUAAUAUUAUGUAGUAUUAACCAAUAAUUUACUUUUUAUGUUAUAAUAUUUGAAAUAAAUAUAUUGUUUUUUUUUACUUGCUUUUUUUCCAAACCUUGUUAUGAACAUAAAGUUAUUCCAAAAAACUUCAAAUUUUCAAAAAAAUGUCUAAUCUAAGGUUAUUUUUUUUUAAAAACAGUCUGAAUGACCCCACCAAAGCUUUAGGUACACACAAACUGUAUUUGUUUUUCCCUUGUUCCCUACCCCACCUUGUUUCGUGCGACAAAUGAAUGGUUUUUUUCAUUUAAAACAGACCAAGUGCAGGGAGAAAUUAAAAAUUUGAAGUUUUUGAAGUUUUUUUUUUAUAAUUUCUUUUAUAAUGGUUUCUGUAAAAUAAUUCAUACAGUUUCAAAAUCAGUUUUGCAACGCACACUUUUUUUUUAAAAAAAUUUCAAAUUCAUGAGGGGUGUAAGUGCAUUUGUUCCAAUAUUUUUUUAGACCAAUGGAUACGGGUACAUUAGCUGUUGGCUGUGAAAAAGGAAUUUUUAUCUGGAAUGUUGAGUGUACCAAUUUACACCAAAGACCAUCAGUCAAUAACGUUUGUACAUUUGUAAGAAAGGACCAUAGAUAUAUUAAUGGAUUAUCUUGGAACAAAAUGGUAAAUAUACAAUUUUCAAUAAUAUUUAAUUAUACAAACUCUACUUAAUAAAGACAUACUUUGCCCAAUAGAAGGGCUACUGUUGUAGGUAAGAAGUUGGAAAUAUAGGAUAUCGAUGGAAAUUUAAUGUAUAUUUGUACAGAAUGAUUGAUCAUUGCUAACUAAUUAAAAUUGUUAUAAAAAAAAAUUCUACAUUAAACUCAACUUUUUCUUGUUGAUCACUAAGAACAACUUAAAAAGAACUUACUGUUAAAGUUUUAAGUAUCUCUGUUUGGUCUAACUACUGUAUUCACAAAGUACCUACUAAACAAAAAUUACUUAAAAGAAAACUGAAAUUGUAUAAUAUAGGAAAAUGGGUUUAACAGGUGGUAUAUGGCACCGGGUGGGUGUCAGGUACCUUUGGGAGUUGAUGUUGGACUCCCAAAGUAAACGUUAGUGCUCAAUAUACAACACUUAGAAUGAGUGGUUUUAUUGCUAACUUUUUCAGGCAUACAGACAAGUAUUUUAAUCAAUACCAAAUUGGUCGAAAAUUAACACCAUUCAGCAUAGAUCAGUGCUGCAAUUGCUGAUAUCAAUUUAUUACAAAUUGUGUAUAGCUCUUCAGUUUGAUAUUAUAGAAAGUUACCACUUCUAAGUGUGUAGCUAAGCAGGGUAACAUACACCACAGAUAUAAAAAUAUGGGUUCUGAGUAUAGCAGCCCACAUUCUGUUCUGCAACCACUAUAAUCAGAGGAGAGAAUUUGAAUGAAUUUGAUACUGUAGGUUAGGUUAAGGAUGAUAGGAAAGGACUGAAGAAAAAAUGGAUGUUUCAGCUGGGCAAACUUAGAGAAAAAAAGAGACUAUGCUCUGGUGUAUGUUGCCUUAUAUGUCUUUCACCAUUCCCCACUCUAGCGACAUUUUCACUAGGAGUAUAUAGUAUACUUGGUGUCAAUGUAAUUAACAGAUGUUAAUUGUUUUGAGAGAUGGUAGUUGUAUAAUAUCACACUAGUUUAUUUCCAAUACUAAAUAUUUAAUAGGUUAACUAUACUAGGGUUUUUUCUGGUUUUCUCAAUUAUUAUGAAAACUGCCUAGAAAAUCGAAAAAUUAUCUUCUAUCAGCUAGUAUCAAUGGGAUAAAAUUGUCUUUUAGAUAAAGUGCUACAUUUAAAUAUCAGUGUAAGAUUUCUGGUAAAAAUGUUUGUACAAAAUAUAAAAAAGUUAAAAAACAAAGUAAACAUCAUUGUGUAAUCAAUAUAUUCUAAAAGAAUCUAAAAAUAUUAAACUGAUUGGUUCUGAAUUCUAUUAGACUAGACAAAUAAUUUUUUAAUUAGAACAAUUAAAUGUCUAAGUUAAAUUUUUAUAGAAUCACAACUUAUUAAGUGAAAGAAUUCAUUUUCUAAAAUAAAAAUAGUUUAUUGAAUGACUGAUUCAUAUUUCAAAUUGUAUAUAUAUAGAUAAACUAUUAAUGUUUUAUUCUAAAAUUGUUUGUAUCUUAUUUUAUUAUUUUUCAGGGUGAUCUUUUGAUAUCCAGUGCAGUAACAUCCAAAACAAUGUAUAUUUGGAGUUAUCCAUUAGAAACUUGUGUUCCAAUGCGCAGAUUGAGUUUUCAAAAUCUUAACUUUGUGCAUUGGUCACCUGACAACACUAAAGUUUUCUCUUGUUCUAUUAAUGACCAAUUUAGGUAAAUAUGAUUGUAAAUUUUAUUUUGGUUUUUAUUAUUUUGUUUUGAUGAGUAGGAUUUGGUCAACUGAUAAAUGGACUUCAGAUAAAUGGUCAGUGAGUAAUGGAUCAAGAGUGCAAUGUGCAUGUUGGUCUCCUUGCAGUUCAAUUUUAUUAUUUGCCACAGAUUCAUGUCCAACAAUAAACGCUAUUGACUUAAGAAAAUCAAAUGUUUUUAAAGAGUCAACAAGUUACCCAAAAGCCGCAUGGCCCAUUAUUGAUUUAAAUAGUGAAUGUGUUAAUGAUAAAUUGUGAGUAUAAUAAUUUAAAUUGGUUUUGCCCUUUUAUUCUAAUAAAUGUAAAUAAAUAACUUAAUUUAUAAUAAUUUUAGUAAUCUAAUAAUAUUUUUUUUUUUUGUUCCACAAAUGUUUAGAAUUGGUGGAACACCUACUGACAUGUGCUGGGAUCAGAAUGGUAAACGUUUAGCUAUCACUUUUAAAAAAAGUGCAGCUCUAGUUGUAUUCCAAACUGCUAUUGGGAUAGAUGUUGUGGAUUGCAUUCCAUUGUAAAUGUUUAAUUUUAAAAUUUUUCAUUUUGUUUUUUUUUUUAUUACAAUAUUAAUAUAUUUAAUAUAUUUCUAGUUGUAUUAUUCAAGGCCGCCUUGAUGAAGAACCUUCGACAAUUGCAUUCCAACCUACUUAUGAACAAGGGUCAUUGUUGACUAUUGUAUGUAUAAAAUCAAAGUAUUACUUGCAUUUGUUUAUUUACUUGCUUGUUGGAUAUGUAUAUUAAAUGUUGAGUGUUUAUUUUUUAGGGUUGGUCUAAUGGAAACAUCGAAUAUGUCCCAUUCAUGUAUACCUGUACAUCAACCAAUGAGUCAGUUAUUGAUGAAUCAAGUGCAUACCCUCAAAAUACCACUAAACCUACUCAAGCUAGUUCAAAUUCAAUUAUAGAAUAUUUAAUGAAUUAAAUUCCAACACAUUAUUUUUCUUUUUAUAUGUCAAACUGAAUAAUUAUUUUUUUAUACACAGAAGCUAAAAUAUAUUUACAUUUUUAAAUGUUUAUAAGUACUUAUAUAAGAUAAAACAGACCAAUAUUUUAAUUUAAUAUAAACUUAGAAAAUAUUUGCUAUUUUUAUCAUUUCAGUAGCUAAAAAUUGUGCACCUUAUUUACUGUCACAAAAUCAAAUUUUAAUUAAAUAAAAAUAUG